AUGUCAUCCCCCAUCACAAACUCACCUGCGGCGCCACACAAUAACGGCGAAAUACCUGCAGUAACAACAGAAGCGUCUUCAUCCGCUUCGUCUGCCGAUGUGUCAUCUUCACCGUCCCCUCUUUCCACACCGUCACUUUCACACCAACACCAUAGCCAUCACAGUCAACCUACCAGCGAAAGUAUACGAAAGUUGAUUGCAUCCAACUUUAAUAUCGCCACAUCGCCAGCUCAACAUGCUGGAUCAUCGUCCUCAGGAAAUGUGACACCUAGGUCGCGUAACAAAUCAAAGUCAAUAAGUAAUGGAGUUUUGAGUCAUUCACGAACCGCGUCUAAAAAGGUUUCAUUUUCAAACUUUCAUUCCAUAAAUUCAUCACAAGUGUUUACUUCUUCAAGCGGCAGUUCGGCCAACUCGUCCGAUAACGACGACGACGACUAUGAAGAUGAAUAUACUAUACGCAAUGAUGAAGGUCUCAAGAAAUCACAAACUACAACUUCACCAAGUCAACCGGGUUUCAGGAAUGUCCAAUUCACAAUGAGUGUGACUCCUUCACCACUUACGAUAUCUCCGACAAUCUCCAAUAGUACCACAAACACAAGAGGUGCACAUAAAAGUAAAUCUGGUAAUGCAUUAAGGAAAUUCGCUAGUUAUGGAGGUGAAAAGUUGGCCAUGAGCAAGUCAUUAGAUUCUCAGAUGUUAGAACCCUGUGAUUCAACUAGCUCAGUUAGCUCUCUUUUGCCUGAGUUUAAUAAACGUCCAUUGACGGAUACUCCAAUCGUGUCGUCCAUGGCAUCGCCAGUAACCAGAUAUCAAUCUAGCGAAGAAGACGAUGGUGCACCAGAACAUUCAACUAUUCAUGAGGAAGACGAAGAAGCAGCAGACAACGUUGCUCCAUUGAGAAAAACCCGAAACAUUUCUCAUUUGAACCUUUCUGAAUUAACCGAAGCCAAUAAUAUCCACGAAGAAAAGAAGUUGAGCAAAACUGAUUCCGACGCUGUUGAAGGCGCUGCUGCUGCACUUGCAAGCACUGGUGCCAUUACCAUGCCUCCAGAAUUCAAGAUCACGAAUACGAACUUUCAACAUACCCCUAGUGCCAGUAAUACUCCUUCGCCCUCAACCCCUACAAUUCAAAUGAAGCAAGAAAUUAGAGACUCGUUAUUAAAAGAUGUGCCUAAUGAAGUGAAGGAACAAUUUGAAAAAACCCCUUCUCUUGAACAACUUAAAUCUUUAUUAAUGACUAAACCUCCACCAUCAGCCAGAAAGACAUAUACUUUGAACAUCCCAGGUCAAACAUCUUCCAAGAUAUCACCUGAUGGGAAGAUUGCUCAAGUCGAUGUUGGUUCCAAAUUGGUUAUUGUUAUGGUUGGAUUACCAGCUAGAGGAAAAUCAUACAUUACUAAUAAAUUGACUAGAUAUUUAAAUUGGCUACAACACGAUUGUCGAGUUUUCAAUGUUGGUAACACUAGACGUAAGGAUAAACAUAAUGCUGGGCCAGAAAAGAACCCACUUCCUGAUAAUCACACCCCGGUCAAUCUGCAAUCGCCAAAAGAACCAGAUCACGAAGAAGCCGCCGAAGAAGAAGAAGAGCAGGAACACGAUGCCGCAUUUUUCUCACCAGAAAAUAAAGCUAAUACUGCUCUUCGUGAAAAAUGGGCUAUGGAUACUCUUGAUCAAUUAUUGGAUUAUGUUAUUAAUGGGACUGGAUCAGUUGGUAUUUUCGACGCGACAAACUCGACAAAAUCAAGAAGAAGACGGGUGUUUAAGAGAAUUCAAGAACGUUCCAAUGGAGAAUUGAAGGUUUUGUAUUUGGAGAGUAUUUGUAAUGAUCCUAAUAUUAUUGAAUCCAAUAUCAGAUUAAAGUUGAGUGGUCCUGAUUAUAAAAACAUGGACCCUGAAGUUGCCCUUAAUGAUUUUAUUGGAAGAUUGCAUAAUUAUGAAAAGGCGUAUGAAACUAUUGACGAGGCUGAAGAACAAAUUCCCGGAUUCCAAUAUGUUAAAAUCAUUGAUGUUGGUAAAAAGAUUGUCAGUUAUAACAUCCAAGGGUUCUUGUCAUCACAAACGGUUUACUUUUUGUUGAAUUUCAACCUUUGUGAACGUCAAAUCUGGAUUACUCGUCACGGUGAAUCUCGUGAUAACUUGACUGGUCGUAUUGGUGGUGAUUCUCAUUUGACUAAACGUGGUGAUAGAUUUGCUAGAACUUUGGCCAAAUUUAUGAAUGUCAAGCGGGCUGAAUUUAGAAAACAACAAUUGGAAAGAUUUUCAUCAAAAUUGGAAUCAAAGUAUAACUCUAUGAUUUUCAAUGAAAAGGAUGUUGCCAUGUUGGAUUCUAUUCCUACUGAACCUAAUUUCUGUGUGUGGACAUCUAUGCUUAUCCGUGCGAUUGAAACUGGUCAAUAUUUCAAUGAACACUUAUACCUGGUUAAGCAAAUGAGAAUGUUGAAUGAGCUAGGAGGUGGUAAAUUUGAAGGAAUGACUUAUGAUGAAAUACAACAUAAGCAUCCACGAGAAUUUGAAGCUAGGUUAAAGGAUAAAUUGAGUUAUAGAUACCCUGGUGUUGGAGGUGAAUCAUAUUUGGAUGUUCUUACUAGAUUGCGACCAUUAAUUACCGAACUUGAACGUACCACUGAUCAUUUAUUGAUUAUAUCACACCGUGUGGUGUUGCGUAUUUUAUUGGCUUAUUUCUUGAAUUUAGACAAGUCGGCAAUUGGAGAAUUGGAUGUUCCAUUACACACAUUGUACUGUCUUGAGCUGAAGCCUUAUGGUACUGAUUAUACCAUGUAUGAAUACGACGAGACUUUAGAUUGGUUUGUCAAGUCUGAGCCAGAUCAUCAAAAGAAUAUUAAAGAAGUUGGGGUUGUGUUUAGAGAACGGAAAUAUUCGGUUGUUCCUACUGCACCACCAUCGUUUAGACGUGGUGGAGAAAGAAGACCGGGUAAGCAUCAUCACAAUUAUAAAGAGGCAUCACAUCUGAGAAAGCCAAUAAAAGAGUAA